AUGGGAGAAGGAAUUCGUAAAGAGAUAAGAGAAGGAAUUCGAAAAGGCAUGGGACAUGGAAUUCGAAAAGGGAGAGGAGAUGGAAUUCGAAAAGGGAUAGAAGAAGGAAUUCGUAAAAGGAUAGGAGAAGGAAUUCGUAACGGGAUGGGAGAAGGAAUUCGUAAAGGGAUAGGAGAAGGAAUUCGAAAAGGGAUGGGAGAUGGAAUUCGAAAAGGGAGAGGAGAUGGAAUUCGAAAAGGGAUAGAAGAAGGAAUUCGUAAAGGGAUGGGAGAAGGAAUUCGUAAAGGGAUAGAAGAAGGAAUUCGAAAAGGGAUGGAAGGUGGAAUUCGAAAAGGGAUGGGAGAAGGAAUUCGUAAAGAGAUGGGAGAAGGAAUUCGAAAAGGGAUGGGAGAAGGAAUUCGAAAAGGGAGAGGAGAUGGAAUUCGAAAAGGGAUAGAAGAAGGAAUUCGUAAAGGGAUAGGAGAAGGAAUUCGUAACGGGAUGUGA